GUAAACAACAUCAAAUUGUCGCGCAAGGACGCGUUACGAAGUGGACCGAUCCCCCAAUAUAUCCUUGGCAAACUCUAUACUUUAUACACUGCCAUGUCAUCAAUGCUUAAUGAGUCAAGUGUUAGUCCAGUUGAGGCAAUCACCGAUGCCAUGCAGAGUAAAUCAACAUUGUCCAGUGCAGCGGCAGCAUCAACAGCACCACCACCGCCACCACCACCACCAACUACAACACCAACAGCAGCUGGAACAACCACAAUGUUAACCACAAAAACACCAUUUUCAAUUGAGCAUAUAUUAUUUAAAAAUUUAAACAAUAAUAAUAACAAUAAUCACAGUAUUAAUAGUAACAAUAGUCAAAAGUGUAACAACAAGCAUACAGUGAAAAGUGGUCGCAAUAGUAUUUAUGACAAUAAUCUAUCGAAAUAUCCGCAUUGGCAACAUUCCGCAACAACAACAGCAACAGCAACGACGGGAUUGUCGCGUGCAACACCAAGUGCCAGUCCCGCGGUCUUAGCCUAUGCGGCCAGCGAAGAAUAUGCCAAAUCCUUGCACAGUAACCAACGUCCGAGCCAUCAUCAUCAUCAACGUCCAGCCGGCGGCAACUCAUCGCACUAUGGCAAUUCAGCUACAGAUGCGACGGUUCAGCAAAUGGGUGGGCCACCGCCACCUCCACCGCCUCCGCCCGGUUCAGCAGGAGGAGGACCAAAUGGAGUUCUUUACCCCGGAGCACCGUACACUGAUCAUGGCUUCUUGCAAAUGACACUGGGCUACUUGUCACCCUCUUCGGGCACAUAUAAAUCGGUGGAUCCCUACUUUUUGUCACAAGCCAGUUUGUUUGGUGGGUCACCCUUUUUUGGGGCACCCGGCUGUGUGCCCGAAUUGGCCCUUGGCCUGGGCAUGGGUGUGAAUGCAUUGAGACAUUGUCGCCGACGCAAGGCACGUACAGUUUUCAGUGAUCCCCAACUGUCGGGCCUGGAGAAACGUUUCGAGGCUCAACGCUAUUUGUCCACACCCGAGCGAGUUGAACUCGCCACCGCCUUGGGUUUAAGUGAGACUCAAGUGAAGACUUGGUUUCAAAAUCGUCGCAUGAAACACAAGAAACAACUGAGGCGGCGGGACAAUGCCAAUGAACCAGUUGACUUUUCACGCACCGAGCUGGGCAAACAGCAGCAGCAACAAAGUGGCAGCGAUGCGGCCUGUGGAGGCACUGCCUCGGAUUCCAAGUCUGGGAAGGCAACGACGGGUGGACCACAUCCCACCAAUCAGCAAUUACAAUUGCUCCGUGGCAAUAUGAAUGAGGGCGGAGGCGGCGGUGGAGCAGGCGGUGGAAUGUGUUCGUUCCUUCAACAUGGCUACUCCACGGAUGACUAUUCCGAUUUGGAAGCCGAUGACAGUGACGAUGAUGAUAAUUCCAGUGAUGUGGAUAUUGUAGGCGAUACCAAAUUAUACCAAUUAACAUAGGUCCUUAGAGUUUAGUUAGAUAU